GAGCCGCUGGCUGCUGAAACAGGCCCCGCCCCUUCCGUGCGAAACGUUCACUUCCUCGUAAGGUGGUACAAAUCAACCCAGAGCCGCUAGCAACCGCUAGUGGAAACAACACUUGCAUUUGGGAAAGGUAUCAGAAGAAGCUGCGAUCUUUGGAAGGAAAUAAAAGAGAGAGGGGGAAGCAAGGCAGAAAACUAGUCCUCUCCGAUGGUGCCACUGUUUGAUCUGUGACUCUUUGGAAGGUGGAGGAGGAGUGACUGACAUUUCCCAUCCGGUGUUAUCUGUAUGUAUGGGGGCUUUACUCCUUUUUACUGUUUGCUUUCUUGCUCAGACUAAGUGAUGGGAGGAGAAGGGACGACUGGAUCGACCUCGUUUUCUGCACAAUGAAAAAGCUAUUAUCAGCGCAAUAAAAACCACCAUCUCCAAAAUCCACGAGCUUUUUGAAACAAGCCAGCGAGCGAGAAAGUUGCGCUUUGAGACUCUUUGAUCUUGGAGAAAGGCUUGCGGGUGGGGGGGGGGGGUGGAGGAAGAGAGUCUGAAUUCACCGUCUCAUCGUUGCUGUUUGCUCAAUUCUCCGCCAAGACGAAGAGGCAGAAGAAGUAAUUAAGGAAGGGUGGAGGGAGAAGAAGAAGAAGAGGAGGGGAGGGGAAAAAAAGCCGGAUCAAGUAAACGGAUUUGGGCUGCACGUCGUCGAAGCGAGCCAACCUCUUCAUCUUGUCCAUCUUCUCCCGCUUGCAUCUUCGGCAGAGGGACCGAGGCGAGAGAGCUUUGUUUUGUCUAUUCGAAGUAACUUUUAAAAAAGCCACCGAAAGGAGGGGAGGAGGAAAGCAAGAAGGGUGCGCGAAGGGGGGAUCGGAAGGUCAGGAAUCAACCUUGUAAAUGAAAACAUUGCCUCAGCGAGUUUUUGGAGCGGCGGCGGCGAUUGGCAUCACCGUGCCCAGUCUGGGGGCCGCCGCAUCCCACCACCUGCCCCCCCACCCUUACAGCCUCUACUCCCAGUCAGCGUUGCAAGGAGCUGACCCGGGAGAAGGACGCAGAACCAGCCGCCAGCGCCAAGGAGCGAAUCCGCGCAAACUUUUUGCCCCCCUCCCCUCCUUCCCUUUCCCCUCGGCCCCCUCCUUCGAGGCGGAAUUAGAAGUUGAAGAAGCCGUCCGCUGCCCAGUACUUUCCCCCCUCCGCGCCCCCUCCUUCCUUCCUUCCUUUUUUUUUUAUUAUUAGUGUUGUGUGUGUGUUUGUUUCUGCAUGAAAAGAGUGGGGAUUGGAAGAGUCCUGUGCGGAAACUCUCCAGCGGCGGCAGAGGGAGGAGGAGGAGGAGGGCGGCUGAAGAGACGGCGGCAACACCAGCAUGCCGAGGAGAAAGCAGCAAGCUCCCCGGCGCUCUGCAGAGAGCUGUUCCCACCACUAAGUUUCCGUAUUGAGCAGCACCCAGUACCCACUAAUUUAGAAGCAGCCACCAACAUGGCAUAUGUUCCUGAGGAAGAACUGAAAGCAGCAGAAAUUGAUGAAGACAGUGUGGAGGAUGAUGGUCUACCUCUGGACAUCCAAGAAACUGAGUACAUGUGCAAUGAAGAAUCAGAGAUCAGAGAGGCUCAGAGUUAUCAGAACUCCCCAGUCAGCACAGCAACAAAUCAGGAUGCAGGUUACGGUUCGCCAUUCAGUGAGAACAGUGACCAGCUGGCCCAUUUCAAAAGCACUUCUUCUAAAGAAGAGAGAGAAGAUCACCAGUGCUCGGACAAUGCUUCCUACCCACAGGAUAGUUUGGCACAAAUAAAAGCUGUAUAUGCAAAUUUACUAUCAGAAUCUUGCUGGUCCACUUUAGCUUUGGAUUUAAAAAAAUCAAAGAAUAAUGACAACAGCCAGAAGGAAAAUACCACUAAUAGCAACUCUAGUAUCAACACUUCAAGUACCAGUACAAACACCAGUACUAGUACAAACACCAGUACCAGUACAAGUAUCAGUAGUACUAGUAACAAUAACAGUGGUGGCUCAGGUUAUGACUGGCAUCAGGCGGCAUUGGCCAAAACUUUGCAGCAGACCUCAUCAUAUGGACUUCUCCCUGAACCUAGUCUUUUCAGCACAGUGCAGCUUUAUCGGCAAAACAAUAAACUUUAUGGUUCUGUGUUUACUGGUGCCAGUAAGUUUCGGUGCAAAGACUGCAGUGCUGCAUAUGACACACUGGUGGAACUGACAGUGCACAUGAAUGAAACUGGACAUUACCGGGAUGACAACCAAGAUAAAGAAUCUGAAAAGACCAAACGAUGGUCGAAGCCUAGAAAACGAUCACUUAUGGAAAUGGAAGGCAAAGAGGAUGCCCAGAAAGUGCUAAAGUGUAUGUACUGUGGGCAUUCAUUUGAAUCUUUGCAAGACUUGAGUGUCCAUAUGAUAAAAACAAAGCAUUACCAGAAAGUGCCUCUGAAGGAGCCAGUACCAGCCAUCACCAAACUGGUGCCUUCUACCAAAAAGCGAGCACUUCAGGACUUAGCUUCACCUUGCUCACCUGAGCCCACAGCGAUCACUUCGGAGACCACAAUCAGUGAAGCAGCGAAGGAUCAGAAAACUGCCAAUCCCUAUGUGACUCCAAACAACCGCUAUGGCUAUCAAAAUGGUGCUAGCUAUACCUGGCAGUUUGAGGCCCGUAAAGCCCAGAUACUGAAAUGCAUGGAAUGUGGCAGUUCUCAUGAUACUUUGCAGCAGCUUACUGCUCACAUGAUGGUCACGGGGCAUUUUUUGAAAGUAACUAAUUCUGCCUCCAAAAAAGGAAAACAGCUAGUACUGGAUCCUGUGGUAGAGGAGAAGAUACAGUCUAUACCUUUGCCACCCACCACACACACAAGAUUACCAGCUGCAAAUGUUAAAAAGCAGCCCGAUUCUCCUGCUGGAUCUACAGUCUCUGAGGAAAAGAAGGACCCAGAAAAGGAAAAGGUAAUUGUUAAUGAAACAGACAAAAAAAUUAAAGAAGAGAACGAGGACUCUGCAGAAAAAUUUGAACCUACAGCUGUAUAUCAGUACCUGAGAGAGGAGGAUCUCGAUGAAAGUCCUAAAGGUGGAAUAGACAUAUUGAAAUCCCUGGAAAAUACAGUGACAACAGCUAUAAGCAAGGCUCAGAAUGGAGCACCUUCUUGGGGAGGCUAUCCCAGCAUUCAUGCAGCUUACCAGCUUCCAGGGACUGUUAAACCCAUUCAGCCAGCUGUGCAGAGUGUUCAAAUGCAGCCAUCUUAUGCCAGCAGUGUAAAAUCAUUGUCUUCAGAACACAGUGCACUGAUCCAUUCCCCAGGCAACCUAACACCCCCACCUCACAAAAGCAAUGUCUCUGCAAUGGAGGAGCUAGUAGAGAAGGUCACAGGCAAAAUCAAUAUAAAAAAGGAAGAAAAGCCUGCAGAGAAAGAGAAAUGUUCUCCCAUCAAGCCAUUGUCACCUGCUGCUAAAGAGAACAAAGACUUUCCAAAAUUAGAGGAAACCAACAAGCAGCAGCAGCAGCAGCAGCAAAAAAAGAAUCCUGAAACAGAAGUUCAAAAGGUCAAAAAGGACAGUUCAGCAGAUGCUCAUGCACUUAAUGGUACUGAGCCACCUAAAGCAAAAGUCACAAAUGGCUGUAAUAACUUGGGCAUCAUCACAGAUCAUUCACCUGAGCCAUCAUUCAUUAAUCCACUGAGUGCUUUACAGUCCAUCAUGAAUACACAUCUUGGCAAGGUUUCUAAUCCUAUAAGUCCUUCUUUGGAUCCUUUGGCCAUGUUGUAUAAAAUUAGCAACAGUAUGUUGGACAAACCUAUUUACCCAACAACUCCAGCCAAGCAAGCUGAUGCUAUUGACCGGUACUAUUAUGAGAACAGCGAUCAGCCUAUUGAUUUAACAAAGUCCAAAAACAAACCUCUGGUUUCUAGUGUGACAGAUUCUGUCUCAUCUCCUCUAAGGGAGAGUGCCCUAAUGGAUAUUUCUGACAUGGUAAAAAACCUCACAGGGCGCUUGACUCCAAAGUCUUCAACUCCAUCUUCUGUGUCGGAAAAAUCCGAUGCGGAUGGAAGCAGUUUUGAGGAGGCUCUGGAUGAACUGUCACCGGUACACAAGAGGAAAGGUAGGCAGUCCAACUGGAACCCUCAACAUCUUCUAAUCCUUCAAGCCCAGUUUGCUUCAAGUUUGAGGGAGACUCCUGAAGGCAAAUAUAUUAUGUCGGACCUAGGCCCACAGGAGCGGGUACAUAUCUCUAAGUUUACUGGUCUUUCUAUGACCACAAUUAGCCACUGGCUGGCCAAUGUGAAGUAUCAAUUAAGGAGGACAGGUGGAACUAAGUUUUUAAAGAAUUUGGAUACAGGGCAUCCUGUUUUCUUUUGCAAUGAUUGUGCCUCUCAAUUCAGGACUGCUUCUACGUAUAUAAAUCACUUGGAGACACAUUUAGGGUUCAGUUUGAAGGACCUGUCAAAAUUGCCACUAAAUCAGAUUCAAGAACAGCAGAAUGUUUCAAAAGUCCUCACAAAUAAGACUUUAGGAUCACUUGGAAUUGCUGAGGAGGACUUGGGCUCCACAUUCCAGUGUAAGCUCUGUAACCGAACUUUUGCAAGCAAACAUGCAGUAAAACUGCACCUUAGUAAAACACAUGGCAAGUCCCCCGAGGACCAUCUGAUCUAUGUAACUGAGUUAGAAAAACAUUAGCGUCCAGGUAAGCAGCCAGGUAUGCAAGUGACCACAGGAACAUUGCACUAAACUUCUUCAUAGUACUGCACUAGGCCUGACCUGAGCCUCUGAAAUCAGUCUUACUUUUGUUGCUGAACUGCCUAUCUGGACCUUGGUUUUUCUUACAUACAUUUUGUAGUUAUAUUUAUAUGCUCUUUGUCUGAUCUGUGCAUGUUUUUUUUAAAUCUCUCUCUUUUUUUCUUUUCUCUUCUUUUUCUGUGAGUCAAAGUCUGACCUUUAUUUUCAACAUCUGUCCUUGAUGUUAAGCUAUCUUUUGUAGAAUAUAGUGGGAGACGCUAUUGAGAGACGUUAAUUUAGCCGUAAAGAAAGACACAAAGAACAAUAAUAAAAAGACAUCCUAAAAUUACAAAGUUGCCAUGACAAUAAAGGUCACAGAACCCUGUAGUGUCAGUUUUUUAACCCUCUGAGGACUGUAAUAGCAUUUCUGUGCCUUUCCCAAAGAAGGUUUUUUUUUUAAAAGGCAUUUCAUUUUAAUUACUCUGUGUUGCAAACAACACUUAUAUUUCAUAUUUUUAAAAAUGUCAAAAAAGCAUUUUUAAAAAAAAAAAAUUGCAGAUCUGAUUUGUGGAGAAAAGAUGCAUGUAUUUCUUUGAGGAUGAUGAAAAGCUAUCAAGUGCUCAAGGGGUUAGGAAACCACAACCAUGUUUAAGAAAAUAAAAUAACAAACCAAGUUGCCACUAUGCCCAAACCCUCUGGAUGCUGAAAAUUUGCCAUUUAGUUGGCAAACAAAAAGUAUGCAAGUUAUUUAAAAAAAUGUACAAAUGCUAUUUCUUUUUUCCUGUAAAAUAUUGCAGUUUAUAGGUAUUUACAAAUGUAAGCUUUGGUACAAGCUGACCUUUCUAUGGUGUGCUGCAUUGGUACAUGAAAACAAAACAAAAACAAAAAAUGGGGCAAGUGUUGGAUUCAGUUCCUUGUAAAUUGCCAGCAUCAGCUUAGAAAAAAAAAGUACAUGUUACAUAUCGUACCAUUUUAAACUGUUCAACUUCCUUUGUACCUUCUGGCUGUAUGCUUUCUCUUUUAACUUUUUAUAUUGUCAUUUUAUAUUCAAUUUCUGUGUAUAUAAUGUAAAACCACACUUUUUUGAAUAAAAUUUAGUUCCUGCAGCUUGAGUUAAAUAGAGAAAUUUUACUGGCACCUGCAUCUUCCCAGAUGCAUGUACUCAAAGGAACUAUCUGACAAAAUAAAUAAAUAAAAAUAAAGCAAGCAAUGCACUAUGAAUUAUACAUUUUGAUGUUUUAUCAUUAAUAUUGUACAGUACAUUUUUUUUGGUUCACACAAUUAAAUCCACUGUUUUCUCAAGUGUAAAAUAAACCCACAUGCAGUUCUUGAUUUA